AUGUUGCCUCUUUCGCUCUUCGCCCUGGAGCGUGGCCUCCUCCCGCCGGCGGCCUUUUCGCGAUUGGAGCGCCAGCGCCACACGGCCCUGCUGGAUCUGGCCGUCGGCCGGCCGAUGGGCAUCUCCCCGGGGGGUGUCGAUGGCGGCGCCACUCGCCCGGUGGCCGAUCCCCCCGACGCGGGCCGCUUCAGCUUGGCCUAUGGCGGGCCGCCAGUUUGCCGGCUCCCCCGAAGCCGGUGCACUUCCAUCAUCACCUCGGUCGAUGUGCACCCGCGUUUCCCGGACAUGCUCCUUAGCGCCUCGGUCGAUGGCGAUGUGGCCUUCUUCGACCUGGCACCGCCGGUCCGCCAGCGCCACCUGGCCGACGACUCGGAUGGCAUGUCUCUGACGGGGACCCUCCAUGCCCGGUUCGAAGCCCAAUGCAACCCCCCCGAGUCCCUGACCUGCGUCCGGUGGUUCCCGCACGAUGCCGGCAUGUUUGCCACGGCCUCCUCGCGGCCGCACUCCGAGGGGGUCUUCCUGUGGGACGCCGCGCGCUUCCAGAUCGCCGGCUCCUUCGACCUGCGCAAUGGCGUGGCCGCGCUGGCCUUCUCCCCGGUGGCCAAGUCCCAUAGCUUGAUCGCGGCCGCGGUGCCGGAGGCGCUGGUGGCCCCGCGCCCCGGCAGCCGUGCCUACGCCACGGAUGUCACCUCGCCGGCCGGGGUGCGGCUGUGCGACGCGCGCACCGGCGGCGCCAUCGACUGCCUGUCCACCGGCGGCGGCCCCUCCUCCGGAGCAUCCAGCGUCGCCUGGAGCCCCUGCCACGAGUACAUCCUGGCCGGGGGCGGUUCUGACAGCGAGGACCCGGGCCUGGCCGAGCCGCUGGCCAAGCGGCCCCGCCAUGCGGCCGACCCUGCUUCCGGCCCCGACAGCGAGUACAUCUUCUUCGAGUCGGCCGAGCCCGUGGCGCCUGUGGCUGGGCCUCCGACCGGGCCGGGCGCCGGCGCCGCUCGCGGCACCUUUCUCUGCCACUUUCGAGCCUCGGCACACUGCAUCGGCCGGACGGGCCGGUUUCUGGACGACGUGUGCACGCACUUCGCCGAGCUACUGGCCGGCAGCCGGCCGCCGGCGGAUCCGGCCGCCGGCCCAUGCGCCCGGUGCCCGGACAAUCCAUCCCCCCCGGAGGCCCCCGGGCGAUCGUCCGACACAUCGGCCAGGCAGCCGGGCCAGGGCCGGCGGCCUUGUGCGUCUGCGCAUGGGGCCGCCACCGGCCCGAGCACCGGGCCGGUGGGUCUCCUGGCCGAGCUCACCUUCGACCCGGCGCCGCCCGGGCAGCGCCAUGUGUCCCUCUCGCGGCCCUGGUCACUGGCGUACGAUCAGCACCGCACGGCGGCCCAAGCCAUCGAGCUGCUGGCCCGCAGCCUUUCCGAAUUCGACGUCGACAUGAUGGGUGUCGUGCUACUGCCUCGCGAGGCGGAUUAUGCGGCGGCGGCGGCGGCAGCGACGGCGGCGGCAGCGACCGCCGAACCGCCGAGUGGGAGAUCAGCCGCCGGCCCCGGCGGGUACAUGUUUCUGGCGGUGCGCCUGGCGCCAUGCCCAGCACCGCCCGGGUCGGCCGGCGCCUCGACCCAGCCCCUGGCGGCCAUCAUCCGCGAGAGUGACCGUCUGGCUGCCCGCUUCGGCCAGAAGCCCUUCUACCGGGUGCGUUGUUUGCCGGCUCCGCGGCCCCGGCCCCGCCGUUUCCACCUGCCGAAUGAGCCGCGUGCCAGGCAUCUCACCCACCCGAUCCAGCCCCCGCUGUUUCACAUCACCCUCGGCCGGGUGGCCUGGCCGGACAGCAUCGACGCCUCGCCGGGGGCCGUGAUGCUGGCGCUCGAGCCCCUCCGCGCCCGGUUGCAGGAGGCCCUGUUCGCGGCGCAGAGCGAUGUCCCCGGUCUGCGGGUAUCGCGCCUGCAUUGGCGUGUGGCCGGCGAGAGCCGCGCCUUCCCCCUCCGGCGACCGAGGUAGCCCCUCCGCGCCCGGGCGGGCCCCCGCACCGGGGGGCGCUGCCGUGCGGCGCAUGUCCGCCCUCCCUCCCCCCGCGUCCCGUCCCGGCGAGCCUUGGGCCACAAGAAAAAUACACCCCCACAAGAGGCAGA